AUGGGUAAAAGAAAGUUAACAGUUCUGUUCGCUCCGGGCUAUUACGUGGGGGCUAUGAUGUCGAGCAUAGGUAUGGCCGAAGUGUUGCGGGACAGCGGCGGACACCGGUGUGUGUUUGCGGUGACCGACGACUGGAAGUCACGGCUCGAAGCGAUCGGAUUUGAAGUGAAAGUUGUCGGCGAAAAAGUGGACGGAAAGGGAAUGCAAGAGAAUAAUGUGGAAGAGUUGAUUAAAAACGGGACACUUUCACAGUUAACUCCAAUGGAAAAAUUGGUGGCAAAUAUUGAAUUUUUUUACAAUUGCUUUAUUAUGGCUGAGAAAGAGAUGGAUCCAUACGUGAAGACCAUAAUCGCUGACACGAAACCAGAUAUUAUUAUUUCCGACAAUUUAAUAACACUUCCAUCGAUAGUUACAUCAGGUGUUCCCUGGAUAUUCAGUUGGAGUAAUAGUCCUCUAUCUCUGGACUUUGGCAUAAAUGAUGAACGUUUACCACCAUCUGCUUUAGGUUUGCCAACAAAUAGUGAGAAAGAAGUGAAAGAGAAAUACAGAAAAUUAGUAAACGAAGCGAAAGCCAAACUUUGGUAUAAACACAGGGAUAGAGUGAUUGCCAACGGAUGUCCAGUUCUCCAAGAGUUCCAGUUGUGGACUACCUCUCCCUUUGCCAACAUAUAUAUGACAUCCAAAGAGCUCGACUACACAGACAUCAGGCCAUUGCCCGACACUUUCCAUGGAUUUGAUUGUUACAAGCGUUCAGGAAAUUUAGAUGAUCUUGAUGCUUUUGAAUUACCUGAAAAGUUGAGAAAUAAAUCGGGAAAAUUGAUAUAUCUAUCAUUGGGUUCAAUGGGAAGCGGAAAUGUGGAACUUAUGAAGAAAUUGGUUGCAAUUUUAGCCAAAUCUAAGCACAGGUUUAUUGUCUCCAAAGGUGUGAAACACAAUAAAUACGAAUUGGCGGACAAUAUGUGGGGCGAGAAAAGUGUCCCUCAGAUUAAAGUAUUACCACUCAUUGAUUUGAUGCUAACCCACGGCGGGAACAAUACUGUGACCGAAACCAUGUAUUUCGGGAAACCAAUGAUAGUUUUGCCCUUAUUUUUCGAUCAAUACGAUAACGCACAGAGAGUUACUGAGAAAGGGUUUGGUGUUAGACUCGAUCCCUACGAGUGCUCUGAACAACAAUUAUUGCAAUCCAUUGAAAAUUUAACAGUGUUGUUCGCACCGCUCUCUUUUGUGGGGCCUAUGAUGUCAAGCAUAGGUAUGGCCGAAGUGUUGCGGGACAGCGGCGGACACCGGUGUGUGUUUGCGGUGACCAACGAUUGGAUCGAUAGACUCGAGUCAAUGGGGUUUGAGACUAAAUUAGCUGAAAAGCCCGUAAACGUGAGCACUACUGAAAAAUGUGUCACCGAUUCGGCAAAUAGUAAUGCAAACGAUUUGUUGAAAAUGGGAGGACUCGACAAUAUAUCUCCGUUUCAAAAAGUGGUCAAUAGUUUUGAGUUCGUGUUUAAUGUGUUUAUAAAAGGCGAAGAAGAGACGGAUCCGUAUUUAAAGCUAAUUAUAGCCGAUUUAAAGCCAGAUGUUAUUAUAAGCGAUCAUAUCGUGAAUCUAUCAUCGAUAGUCAACUCUGGUAUUCCCUGGAUAUUCAGUUGGAGUAAUAGUCCCCUAUCUCUCGAUUAUGGCUAUGAAAACAAUGCUCUUCCGCCCUCUUUCUUAGGUUUGCCGACAAAUAGUGAGACAGAAGUGAAAGAGAAAUACAGAACUCUAUUAAAUGCAGAAAAACAAAAGAUUUCGUUUAAAAUAAACCAAAGAUCAAAAGCAAACGGAAUGUCAGCACUAAAAGAGUUUCAGAUCUUCACUCCCUCUCCGUUUGCAAACUUAUAUUUGACGCCUAAAGAGCUCGACUACACAGACAUCAGGCCAUUGCCCGACACUUUCCAUCGGUUUGAUUACUACAAGCGUUCGGGAAAUUUGGAUACUUUUGAAAUACCGGAAAAACUCAAGGAUAAAUCGGGAAAAUUGAUUUAUUUAUCAUUGGGUUCAAUGGGUAUACAUCAUAAUGAAUACGAUUUACCGGGCAAUAUGUGGGGCGAUAGGACUGUCUCUCAAAUCAAAGUGUUGCCAAUCUGUGAUCUGGUCAUAACCCACGGCGGGAACAAUACUGUGACCGAAACCAUGUAUUUCGGGAAACCAAUGAUUGUUUUACCCAUUGUUUGCGAUCAAUACGAUAACGCACAGAGAGUGCAAGAAAAAGGAUUUGGCAUAGGUAUGGCUGAAGUGUUGCGGGACAGCGGCGGACACCGGUGUGUGUUUGCGGUGACUAACAAUUGGGUCGAUAGACUCGAGUCAUUGGGUUUUGAAACGAUAUUAAUUGAAAACUCUGUGGACGUCGACAAUAAAAAGUCUGUCACCGAUUCGGCCGAUAGUAAUGUUAGCGUAUUGUUGAGUACGGGUGCGAUGGGAAACAUAUCGGCGUUUGACAAAGCGGUCGGUAUUAUAAAGUAUUUGUGCGAAGAGUUUAUUCCAUCGGAACUAAAGUCUGAUCCAUAUAUGAAAAAAAUUAUAACCGCUCUAAAGCCCAGUGUUAUUAUUACCGAUCGUUUGGUAACACUUCCAUCGAUAGUAAAUUCAGGUAUUCCCUGGAUAUUGAGUUGGAGUGGAUGUCCGCUAUUACUGGACUUUGGUUAUGAAGAUAACACACUUCAACCAUCGCUUUUGGAGUUUCAGUUGUUUACUCCCUCUCCGUUCGCCAACAUUUAUAUGACACCCAAAGAGCUCGACUACACAGACAUCAGGCCAUUGCCCGACAAUUAUCAUGGAUUUGAUAAUUUCAAGCGUUCGGGAAAUUUGGAUACUUUUUAA